ACAAGGCACAAAGAACAGAGACAGCCAUGGUGACUGUUGGAACUGUAUGCAAGCGACGCUGUUGGCACCCUAUUUACGGACUUUUCCUCGGUUGUGGCGCUCUGUUCAUCAUAAAAGAAAUUAUACAAUUGCACAAAACGGUAGAGGAAAAAAUCAUUGAAAAUGUAGCCAGGCAAACUUUCCCGUUAAGUGAAGCAAAUGGAGGAACGGUGGACGAGGAAGCGGCCAAGUCUCCCGGUGAAAUCCAGCAAACGAGAAUCGAAACAUUGAGAAAAGUAUGCCAAGUUAACAGUUUGAAUAAAAAUCUUGUGAUUUCUGAAUUGUGGAAGGGGUUCUUUUUUGUCGAUCAAGAGCACAAGGUCGUAUAUUGUGGAGUUCCCAAAGUUGGAUGCACUUUUUUGAAGCGACUCUUUUACGUUCUAUCGGGGAAGAGUCGAUCAAAAAA